UCGGCGGCGGGUGGGGCCGGGCGGAGCUGCCUCCCUCGCGGGGGAGCCCCCGGGCUCGCCUCAGCCCUGCGGCUCCUGCCCUCGGGGCAGCUGCCCGGCGAGUCCGUGGAGCAGCGGCAGGCGGGCGAUGGAGACUGGGAGACACUGGGCGAGAGGAGGCGGGGUGGGGGAGGCGGGGAAAGCGCGGGGGCGGAGGCUGGCAGGGGGCGCUGGAGGCAGGAGCCGCCCGAGCGCUCCGAGCGCCCGAGGGUGCAGGAGGCUCUGAAACCGCGGCAGCGCCGCGAGCCUCCGGGGCACGGGCGGCGGCUGGGCGGGGAGGUUGGGGGGGGCGCUGCCGCCGCCGGGGGCGUCGCCGGCCUCAGCCCCUUUGUUCUCGCGCGCUCCCCCUGGCCGCCCACUCCCCUGCUGUCGCGCGGCGGCGGCUCCUCCCGCCCGAGGCAGUCGGGCUCUGCGCCGGGGGCGGGAGGGGGCGGGGGGAGCGUGCCUGCCGCCGGGAGUGGGGGGCGAUGGCGAAGCUCCGGGUGGCUUACGAGUACACGGAAGCCGAGGACAAGAGCAUCCGGCUCGGCUUGUUUCUCAUCAUCUCCGGCGUCGUGUCGCUCUUUAUCUUCGGUUUCUGCUGGCUCAGUCCCGCGCUGCAGGAUCUGCAAGCCACGGCGGCCAACUGCACGGUGCUGUCGGUGCAGCAGAUCGGCGAGGUGUUCGAGUGCACCUUCACCUGUGGCGCCGAUUGCAGGGGCACCUCGCAGUACCCCUGCGUCCAGGUCUACGUGAACAACUCCGAGUCCAACUCCAGGGCGCUACUGCACAGCGACGAGCACCAGCUCCUGACCAACCCCAAGUGCUCCUAUAUCCCUCCCUGUAAGAGAGAAAAUCAGAAGAACUUGGAAAGUGUCAUGAAUUGGCAACAGUACUGGAAAGAUGAGAUUGGUUCCCAGCCAUUUACUUGCUAUUUUAAUCAAUUUCAAAGACCAGAUGAUGUGCUCCUGCAUCGCACGCAUGAUGAGAUUGUCCUCCUGCAUUGCUUCCUCUGGCCCCUGGUGACAUUUGUGGUGGGCGUUCUCAUUGUGGUCCUGACCAUCUGUGCCAAGAGCCUGGCAGUCAAGGCAGAAGCCAUGAAGAAGCGCAAGUUCUCUUAAAGGGGAGUCGGCUUAUGGGAAGCAAAGCACAGAAGCUGCACUCACCUGCACACAUCUACCUGCAGAGCCUGCUUCCUGGCGCAGGAGAUGGAAGGGGCUGUGAGAGGUCUCUGAGAGGCUCCCCCUCAAUGAUAGCAGAAACAGGCACAACCGGAAGGCUUGGAACCUCAUAGAUUGUUUUCCAUGUGUUGUAGCGAUGGCUAAAGGGUCAAGCUGUAAGGAGUAUCUGUUUCAGAAAAUCCAAUAGAAGUUAAUUUUCUUCGGGAAGUAACAGUAUAUAAUUGUACAGUGUAGAAUACAAACCACUAUGAUUUAUGCUACUUAAAAAUAUUAAAAGAGAGUUGUCUGUGUUCUUUUCUAUUUUCUUUUUUAUGCUUAGAACACCAGGGUUU